GCCCGCCCGCCCGCCCACCUGCCCCAUUCAUUGGCUGCAGCGUUCUUCUGCUUGCUGCUGGCUCAGAUUCCCCUAGAUCUGGUGCCAGUAACAAUUGGGUGCUAUGUCCGGGAUCCCAAGUGUCUUGCCAGGAGAGGUUGCUGUGGAGACGACGAGAGACGGUGUCUGAGGCUUCAAGGAAGGCUGCAUCGACUGUGUCAUCCAGAGAGCCAAAGCAACCAGCUUGGAGAAUGUGGAACAGGAAGAACUGAAUCUUUUCUGUUUGGUGUGCAGCGAAUGUAGAAAUGUUUACACAGAUUAUUGCUCAGGGUCAUUUUAAAUGAACUGAAUUGACUAUAAGAAUGUGAAUACGAACUCUGACUCCUGCAUCUUAUCUCGUUGUUAUUGUGCUCCCGUUUCUCAUAGUUAAAAGUGAGAAACGUCAGCAUGGCUACCAACAAUCCACGGCGAGCACUCAUAUUCAAGAUACAGACAAAACUUUGUACAUUGAGUACAGAGCAGCUGCAGACAGUUCUGUCUGCGACUGAUGGAAGUGCCAUUCCUGUUCAUGAUUUAAGUGAACCAGAACUGUAUGAUUUGAUUGACUUUGUUAAAAGUGAGAAACUGAAAGCAUUGGAGGAUGAAGGCAUGGCUCAGCUCCUCCUUUUGGAUGAACAGAUUAGUAACCUGCUCGCCACUGAUGUCGGUGCAACUGGAGAUGACCCAACCACACUUUCAAGAACUGAUAUGUCAGCCAGUCAGACUGGUUGUCCUGCCUCACUUCAACUGGGUCCCAUCGAUUCAGGCCUGCAGACAGCUACUCCACCCACAGACAUUCCUGUGCAGCCAACACAGACAGAAAGAGGCGCCACUGAUGACCAACCACCGACAGCAAGUGAAACUGUAAUGAAUAGCCGAGAUAUUCAACAUGCAGAAAGGAGAGACAAAAAUGUACAAGAGGAAACUGAAAACAUUUCUGGAUCACCACCAAGCAGUGAAGUGACUCCUCCUCUUACACUUGUGUUAACUGGGAACAAAAAUUCCAUUGACAUUGGAUCAAAAAAUAUCUUACUGGACCAUGACCAGGAGAUACAUGUGAAAGAGUCCAGACUUUAUGAUCUCUUUGGUGACCAGAUCACUUUAAUUAACAUGCUUGAGUUUCCAAGUAUUGACACGAUUCCAGAGAUUCCAGAAGAUUGUGCCUUUAUCUUGCUGGUAUCAAAUGACCAGCAAGAAAACCAGUAUACUUCUGGAAUGCAGUGGUUAGAAAAAACACUGGGAAAAGAGCACAGCUCUUAUGUGAUGACAGUUGUGACUCAUGAUGACUCAGAAGAAAUUUGUGAAAAUGAACUUCAGAAGCUGAAAGCAAAAAGCGGUUUUUCUGAAAAAAGAUAUCAUACAUGUACAAGAAGUAUGAAGGAUGAAAAUGAGAUAGUGGAUCUUUUGGAAAAAAUAAAUGACAUGGUCUCUGAAAAUAGACGGAUGACGGGAGGAAACCAAGCCAACCCUGAUGAAACAUUAAAGACAGUCGCUGACCUUCCAGAAGGACAACCAUCUCUGAAGAAAUCCAUCAUUUCUGCAGUAACAAAUAUCCUGAAUCGUCUUAACCCAAGACAAAGAAAGGACGGUGGACAUGACUUAAAGGCAAUUUGCAAUUCUUUGGAUGAAGAAAGAAAAGUAGAUCCAAAACAGAGUGAAAUGUUGAAAAACCUUGGACUUCAGGACAAAUCUCAAACAAAAUGGUUAUCAGCAGAAUGUCUUCAAAUAGGUCAACCUGUGAAACAACCUAAUGACAUUUCAGAGAAAGAUCUGCCAUAUGCUUUUCUUCAGAGGUUAUUGAUGUUAGAUUACAGAGCCAGAUACAUCACUGUACAACAAGCAAAUUGUAAAGAAGUCAGCAAUUCACAGGGUGUGUCAGUGUCAGAUGAUGAUGAUUUUGAUGAGCUUUACAUCACAAUGACAGAGUCAGAUCAAUCAAAAAAGAAUCAUGUGCACCCAAUGGAUGUUCAAAUGGCAGUAUUUCACUGCUCAGACAGCUUCCUUAAACAGAAAAUGAUCACAAAGUUGUCACAGUGUCAGUAUGCCUUACCACUGCUUGUUCCUGAUCCUCUCUCAACAAAAAUUGAGUGUCCUUUGUGGACGUUCAGACAAAUAACAAAAACAUGGAAAAUAAGCACAAACACAGAAAAUGCAACCACUGUCACCAUGAAAAGCAUGCCAGUCUACAAAGCUGAGACUCUGAUGGUUUCAUUUUUCAGACUGGGUUCCAUGUCUUUGUCCAAAUCUCAGCUGAUGAAUGCCUUGAUCAACAACCGCCAUGACACAUUCUUCCACAGAAACUGUAAAGGCAGCACCAAAUCUCGUCAUUUGAUGGAUGGUGUGGCAGAGAUUGCCUGGUACUGUCCUGCUGGAAAAGACAAUGAUUUCUUUACUGACUGCAUUGCCUUCUGCAAUCUUCAUGGGGAUUCUCUAGCAAUUGGAAAACAGCGUGAAAUCCUGACUGAAAUGUCAUCAGUCAUUGUUGUUCUUGUGCCAACUCUAAAGGAUAAAAACAAAAACUGGGCAGAUAUAGUUGAGCUUUUAAAGUCUGAAAAACCCCUUAUUUGCCUCAUUGCUGAUGAUAACUGCGAUGCCAAAAAGAUUAAAUCUGGAAAAUACCAACUGGGUCUAAAUGGCAAAAACUAUGAAGAUAUUUCUGAUCAAUUAAAAGAAAUUAUUCAAAUACUUCUGUCUGGAUCCAAAAGAUUCUUCCAACUUGAAUUAUUGGCCAAAGAUUCUGAAAUAAAAGUGGAUGAAAAUGAGGAAGUCUGCAAGAGAGGCAAAAAUGCUGCAAAUAAAAUAGUAACAUGUUUUAAAGGAAUGGAUGUUUCAGAAAUCAAAUAUAAAUUUCUGCCUUGUCAAGGCCAGCUGUGGCAUGAUUGGUGCAGGAUCAGUAAAGAAAUUUACCACCUAAAAGGACAUCUUGAAGAGGACAAAGCUCAAAAGGUUCAACAACUUGAAGAGCUACGACAGAAACAAUGUGAUGCUGGCAUCAGCAGAGUGAUAGACUUGUUCACUAAAGCCAUUCUUUCCUGUUUGUCUUCAGAGGAAAAACAAUUUUUCCUGACAUGGACUCAGAUCCUUAUAGAUGCCCUCUCCACAGAUGAUCUUUCUUCAAUUCUCCAAAACUAUGAUAAAACCUGGUCAGAAGUCUUGGUCUUGAAAAAGAAACAUGACAAAUCUGCUCAAUUAAAACACAAUCAAACUGAGCUUGAACUGUUGUCAAAAAAGCUUCAAUCAGCAACCUUUGGUCUGGAACACAUCUUCAGAGAGAUGGGACAGAUCUAUGAAGCCCAUAAAUCUUUGAAGAAACCAUCACUGGGCCAACAGCCUGACUGGACUAAAUACCCUGAGCUGGCUGCAGAUCUGAUGAUAUCAGGACACCCGAUGGAGCUGAUGGAUGGGGAUGCAGGCCAUGUGCCUUUAAUAUGGAUCUCUAGUAUUUUACAGGAAGUCAUCAAGAAACUCAAUGACCCGAGAGUCUUUGUGCUGUCAGUUCUGGGUGUACAAAGUAGCGGGAAGUCAACAAUGCUGAAUGCCAUGUUUGGCCUGCAGUUUGCAGUCAGUGCUGGGAGGUGCACCAAGGGUGCCUACAUGCAACUGGUUAAGCUGUCAGAGGAAAACAAGGAUAAAUACCAGUUUGACUACAUUCUAGUUGUAGACACUGAAGGACUGCGAGCUCUUGAGUUAGCAAGGAAUGCUACCCUUCAUCAUGACAAUGAACUUGCAACAUUUGUUGUUGGUCUGGGAAACAUGACACUGAUCAACAUCUUUGGUGAGAAUCCAGCUGACAUGCAAGAUGUCCUACAAAUUGUUGUUCAGGCUUUCAUGAGGAUGAAGAAAGUCAAGCUUUCUCCAAGUUGUGUGUUUGUCCAUCAGAAUGUCACAGAUAUUACAGCAGCAGAGAAAAACAUGGACGGAAAGAGACGGCUGCAAGAAAAACUGGACAAGAUGGCUCAACUUGCUGCCCAAGAGGAAGUGUGUGAUGUUGAGUGCUUCAGUGAUGUCAUCGCAUUUGAUGUGCAAAAAGAUGUACAAUACUUUGCUCAGCUAUGGGAGGGAAGUCCACCAAUGGCUCCUCCAAAUCCAGGUUAUAGUGAGAGUGUCCAAGAACUGAAGUCCAUCAUCUUGUCUAAAGCCAAACAGUCUACUGGAAUCACUCUGUCACAUUUCAGCACCAAAAUUCAGGACCUGUGGAACGCCUUGAUGAAUGAACACUUUGUUUUUAGUUUCAAAAACACCCAGGAAAUUGCAGUUUAUAGAAAACUGGAGGUCCAAUAUGGGAACUGGACUUGGGCCCUGAGGAGUGAGAUACUGAACAUUGAAAACCAACUUUAUCCUGGAGUUGAAAAAGGCCAACUGGACAAAGUUGAACUCAGUUACCUUAAUAAAGAAAUGGCUAAAACAUAUGAAGAAGUAACAAAAUGUAUAUCACUUUACUUUGAAGAUGACAAAGACAAAGAGAUGUUGGUUCAAUGGCGGGGCCGAUUUGAGAACAAAAUCAAAGAGUUUCAUGAGGAACUUAUUAAAGGUGUGAAGGUAAAACUGGAUGAAGUAAUCCAGCAAAAUAAAGCUAGACAAAAUCUUGAACGAAAGAAAACAGAGUUUGAAAACAAUCUGCUGCAGAAGAGCAAAGAGCUUGCUCACAAGCUGAAAUGCAUUGCUUCAGAUGAAGAGGAACUAAAAGCACAGUUCAGCACUGUUGGGAGUCAGUGGGUUAAGGAAUUAACCUCAGAUACAAAACCGAUCAAGAACAUAAACUUGGAGGAAGAUCAGUUUGCUGUCCUUCUAGAGCUUGGUGUUGAAUGGGGACUCAUUGAUGAGUCAAAAAGAAAUAAGAAAUACAAAAAUCUGUCAGAACGUGGUGAUUAUUCUGAUUACAUAACCAUAAAGAAGAGCAUUGGAGGUGUCUGCAAAUUUGUAAAAAUGACUUGUGUUCCAUAUGAAGAACAGGAACUGAUCAGAUCAUUCAUUAAUGAGGUUGAACAAAAAUGUGUUGCAGCUAUUAAGAGCAAACCUGUUGCAACAAGAGGCUUUACAUCAACCUACUUGAAGGAAGUGGCUCAAAACAUAAAAUCUGAAAUACAAACAAUGGAAUCUCAGAGAAAAUAUGUAUUCAAGAAGGAGUUUACAGUUGACCUUUCACUGUAUGUGUUUGAUAGAGCAGAAGGUUGGCUCUUAAACUCCCACAAGAUCUACAGAGACAACAAUGAUGUGUUUACUCAUUUGGACAACAAGAAAAAUGAGUAUUACAACAUUUUCAGAAGCUUCUGCAAAGGAAGUUCAUCUGCUGUGGUGUUUGGAGAAAUUAUGUGUGAAAAACUCAAAGUCUCUGCUGUUGAAGCCGUCUGUAACAAGACUGGAGUUGAUAUUGCUGGAGAGAUGAUGUGCAGUUUCCCAGCAUUCAAUGGGAACAGACUGAAUUUAGAGAAACAUGUGUUAGCAUCUCUGGCAGAGAAAGAAGACUUUAGCAGCUUCAUCACCUACAUCAGAAAUCCAAGAGCUCAAGUAGAGGCUUUCAUCAAAGAAGAAGUAGAGAAAUACAUGUUAACAACACAGAAAAGUAAAGUCCAGACUAUUCUCAAGAAAAAUUUAGAAGACAUCACCAGCGUCAUCAGUCAGGUUUUGUUUGAGGCAACAGAGAAAUUCAAACACAAGAAAGGAAACAUAGAAAUGUGGGUGGAGGAAUUUUCUAGUAAACUGAAGCCAAACUUGAUACUUGAUGCCAUUAGUUGUCAAAACUUCAGUGACACAAACAAUUUUGAAUUUCUUAAAGAAGAGAUAGAGAAGGGCCUGGAAAUCAUCACAACAGAGAUGAGCAAACUCUCCCUGGAAAAAGUGAAUGACUGCAGGCAGAAGCCUGAUCAGAUCCUAAUUGAUCAGCUGUGUAACUGCUGCUGGGAAAGGUGUCCAUUCUGUGCUGCUGUUUGCACAAACACUUUGAAGGACCACAGUCCUGAGAAACACAGCGUUCCUUUUCAUCGACCCACUGGAGUCAAAGGUUGGCAUGUAAGAGGAAGAGUUGAUCUGGUCAUUGAUUUCUGUACCACGUUAGUUGCAAGUGACAGACGCUUUCACCCAAAUCAGUCAGAUUGGACAGUUCCCUAUAAACAGUAUCCAACAGCAGGAGAACCAUUUGCUUCAUGGAGCAUUACAGCUGAUGCCUCCAUGCUGGCCUACUGGAAAUGGUUCAUCUGCCGCUUUCAAAAGGAAUUAGAAGACCACUAUCAUAAGAAAUUUCAGGGUUCCGGAAAAAUUCCUCAGCAAUGGAAACACUUCAGUAAGAAGGAUGCCAUUAAAAGUCUGGAUGAAAUGUGUAGCUUGUGAAGAGACUGCAGGUGUUCAUAGAAACUAAUCAAAGUUGUGGGUUUGAGCAGUAUUUAUGAUGUUCAAGGCUCUUCAAAAUGAAUAUAUGAUCAUUUAUUACCUUCUUUUUGUACACCCUGAAUGAGUUAUACUUGAAGGAUAACUCAAAUGGCUUCAAACAAACAGCUGUAUGUUUUACUUUAUAUUAUUUUUCAGUCUUAUUGUUUUUUUUGGUUUGGAGGUUUGUUAUUCUGAUUAUUUUUUUGUCACCAAAAGCUGUUAUUUAGGGGGAACUAGUGAGCCAAGAUGGAGUAAAGACGGAUAUUUCAGAGCUCCUGCAGGCUUAUUAAUAUUUUCACUUUAAAAACCACAACUGCUCACUAAUUGUGACCUAAAUCGAAUUGAUAAAGGUGUUGGACUAUAAAGAAUUCCGUUCCAGUGGACGUUACUUGUUAAAUGGCGGAUAAACUUCGAAAAUUCAAGUACGACGGUAACACGGCAAAGCUAACGGCUAACACCAGAGCCAAGAGGCAGCGUACUCCAGAAGACGAAGACCCACAACCCAAGAGCCCUAGUAUGAGUGAGGAGUUGAGAGCCGAUAUCCUAACCUCUAUACGAGGGAAAAUCUCCAAAAUUAUAAGGGAGGAAAUGAGGAGUGCGCUGUCUGAAGAGUUCACCGCUCUCAGAGCUGACAUCAACGCAGUGAGGGCCGAAAUAGCCAGCAACGCCACCGCCAUCCAUGCAGAAAUCACCUCAAUUAAAACGGACAUUGGAGACGUGAAAGGUGGACUGUCUACAUGGUCUGAUGAGGUAAACACUCUGCAGACCACAGUCACCGAACUUCAGAGCGAGCUGGUUAAGAUACGGGACAAGUGUGAGGACAUGGAGGGGAGGAUGAGGCGCGGAAAUAUCCGUAUAGUUGGCGUUGAGGAACAGUCGAACUCCGCCAAUCCUAAAUAGGUUUCAAAACUGAUCAGAGAAGCGCUCCAGAUGGGCCGGGAUGUAAAAGUCGAUCGUUCACACCAAACAGCUGGUCUGACGAAACCAAGAGACGGAGAAAGACCCCGUGUGAUCAUCGCCAAGCUGCAUUAUGAUGGAGAUGCCGCUGAUAUACUGAGGAGAGCCAGGGACAAAGCCCCGCUGACCUACCAGGGUAAAAGGAUCGCCAUCUUCCCGGAUUACACCACCAGUGUCGCCAAGGCGCGUGCCGCCUUCUCCAAUGCACGGAAAGCUUUACGGGGACGGAGCGAUGUGCGCUUCGGAUUACUUUAUCUAACAAGACUCAAAAUCACAUACAAAGAGGACAGUAAGGAGUUUCGGGAUCCCGUGAAGGCCAUGGACUACAUACGGAAGACCAUCCCCGCUGCAAUAACGGGAACUGAAACUGCUUAAAUACUAACUGUGUUUAUGUUCGGCAAUGCCACUUAUCUAAACUGGUACGUUUGAAAGGUGCGUAACAUUGCCUUGUUAAAUUACUAAGUCAUAAUUAGUCAUAAUUAAGUUGUAUUAAUGUUACUAGUAGACUUUAUGUUGUGGUUAAAGUACACAUACUUACUGUAUGUUCUCCUGCAGGAGCCUGAACUUCCACACUCUUAAUUUCUUUUUGUUGUUUUUGCACACAUCCAACUCUUUUUCGGUUGUGUUUGUUGCCGCUUUUUAUAGUGGCUGGGGACUUAAACCCACUACCUUGCAUUAUGUUAGCAAUGCACAUUUUUAAUUGUGUUUUCUGCGUUUUGAUCCUUCUGUUCCCCGAGGAUCCUAUUGCAUCUAAAGAAGCAGAGCAUUUGAAUCUUAGUUUUGACAAUAUUGUACAGCAAAGCCUUACUAUUUUUAGUUUAUUGCAUCAUCUUGGUGUUCAGCGUCCAUGUUACUCAAGUUUGGUUUCAGCCGUCAAAUGGCCGUCUCUGCCUCCAACACAAUACUAUCACAUAUAUAUUUUUAAAUUAACUCAGUUAUGAGUACACUAAUGGUAACAAGUUAUAACGUGAAGCGUUUGCAUAGUCCAAUCAAAAGACAAAAAGUAUUGCUGCAACUCAGACAAUCAAAAUGUCAAGUAGCACUGCUACAAGAAACACACCUAUCAGAUGUGGAACAUACAAAAUUAAAUAAGUCUUGGGCUGAUAAAGUUUACUAUUCAUCACAUUGCUCUGGUAGGAAAAGGGGUGUUGCUAUAUUAAUACAUAGGCAAAUUAACUUUACUGAAACGUUAGUACAUAAGGACAAGGAGGGUAGAUUUAUAUUGGUAAAUGGGAUAAUUGAUGGAACAGCAGUGUCCUUUGUAAAUGUCUAUGCCCCUAAUGAAGAUGUACCAGGGUUUAUUAAGUCAGUUUUCAAUAUGAUUGCAGAAUAUAGCUCUGGUCUACUGAUUAUGGGGGGGGAUUUUAAUUGUGUAAUGUCAAAUAUAGAUAGGCACCCAGCCUCUCAAACCCCCAUAUCUAAGAUGGGUAAAAUGCUUAAAAAUGUGUCUGUGGCAGCUGGAUUAGUGGAUGUAUGGCGAUCCAAAUUCCCAAAGGACAGAAAUUUUACAUUUUACUCAAACCGACAUGCAUCUUACUCAUGAAUAGAUUACUUUUUUACUGCCAAGGCCGAGCUACACAGAAUUGAGGAUAUCACAAUAUUGCCCAUCACAAUCUCUGACCACGCACCUGUUACUCUCAAGUGGAAUAUAGGAUUGACACCAUCAUUUAAGCAAUGGAGACUUAAUGCGUCCCUUCUUAAUGACAAAGAAUUUGUUGAAUUUGUUAAAUUAGACCUCAAAAAUUAUUUGGACAUAAACAAUACCCCUGAAACAUCUCCUAUUAUGUUGUGGGACUGUGCAAAGGCCUAUUUAAGAGGUAGCAUGAUCUCUUACACGACAGCAAAAAAAAGACAAAAGGCAGCCAAACAGAAAUAUUUAGAAGAUAGAAUUUGGGAAC